AUGCACGUUACAACCGGUGAUCUCAACAACCCGAAGCUUCGAACCCUUCUCACCUACCACUUCCAAGAUCUCCAGACCAAAUCAUCUCCCGAGACAAGUUUCGUGCUAGAUCUUAGUGCGCUUCAAAAACCAAACAUAACCAUCUAUACCGUCUGGGACGGCGAUGAAUUGCUCGGUUGCGGCGCCAUCAAGGAGUUGGACCCGACGCAUGGGGAGAUCAAGUCCAUGAGGACUGCGCCUGAGCAUCUACGGAAAGGAGUCGCCAGGGCUCUCGUGCAGCAUAUGAUCACCGAAGCGAAGCGGAGGCAAUAUAGCCGACUUAGUCUGGAGACUGGAACGGUCGCUGCGUUUGUGGACGCUAAACGUUUGUAUGAGCGGUGUGGUUUUGUACGAUGCGAACCGUUUGCCGACUAUGUCGCCCACGAGGAUAAUAUGUUUAUGACGAUAGAAUUAUAG